GUUAAGUGUGAUGGUUAUGUAUGCAGUUUGAUUUUCUGAAGUAAUAUCUGGUCUUGUUCGUGUCAUUCUUUUUAAAUCAAGAACAUAACCUCUAGAGACAUCGGGAUGAUUUCGUCUCGAAUGCAACAAUGUGCAACUUCAAUUCGGGGGUUCAGAUCACUCGGUUUGAUUUUGUAUUCAGGGUUUCCACCAACAUGAAAAUCCAGAAAAUACCAAGGAAUUUGAAUUGAUAUUUCCAGGUAUAUAUCAAAGUCAUGGACAUUUCUAUAGUUUAUGCUCUGCUUUAAAUACAUUGCCUAGGUUUUAUACGUAGUAAAACCAGAAUUAUGAUCAUUUGAAUCUAUUAAUUUGAAAAGCUGUUUUAAUUUGAAAAGUCUGCCUGCACAAUCUUUAAAAACGUAAUUCACUAAUAAUGCAUGACUAGAAAGGUCAUGGAAAUUAAUUUGUGAAAAAGUGUGGAAACCCUGUAUAUGAUUUGAUCUGUUGGUCUCUGAUAGGAGUUUUGCAAGGCCCGACACACAGCGCUAUUGGAAUUAGAUUAAAUCACAGCUUGACCACCUCAUUAUAAGCAAACAUUUUAAUACACACUCUGUGACUGUGGACAUGAGAUACUUCGCCUUUAUCUAAUGUCUGUAAAGAGUAAAGCGCCUGUGUUAGACACAGCAUCACAUUAAUGCUUGCUCUGUUUUUUUUCUGCACUGUUGAUGUUGUCUUGAUCUACAGCAGUUUGUCCAACUGAGGUAACGAGGCAGUAAAACCAGCAUCAACUCUUGCAUGGUCUUGCAUCCUUUAUCCUCAACCUUUGGCAUUUGUGGCCUCUCAUGCACUUGACCUUUCCCAUCCAUUGCGCUGUGUGAGGUUUUGGGAUCUGAUCAGUAUUGGGCGUUCUGCUUCUUUAAAAAUGGGGGGAAUUAGAGUAUGUAGACUUUGACCACCCCGUUUCCAUAUGCAAUGUGGGUUAAGAGGAUGUUGUUGCAGUGAAAACUGUCCCUUCAGCUGUAGGAGCUAUGGUUUUUGCUCGUCUCAGUUUUAACUGAGUUUUCAGUGUUUAGGCACUCCCUUGCAUACUCGAAAUUGACUCAUAAACUCAGAGAGAGUCAUGGGUCACACUCAGCGUUUUCACAAUUUAGUCUCCCCUACAGCAGAAGAUGACAGCAUGAAUUUGCAAACGUAUAAUUAAAAAAUUAAAUCGCUGGAAUCAGAUCAUUGCAUUCUUUUGAAAUCUGUUAUUUAAAUCUGAACACUCUUAAGUAUAAUAUCUAUUUCUACUCAAGCUGUUGUCUGUAGGAAAUUGUGACAUCUUGACUAAGGAAACCUCUGUUACUCACAGGAAGUUUCCAGCCUGUCUCAAAUCACUGACUGUAGCUAGAGAAGUGAUGUUCUGGCCUCAUGGUUAGAGUGUCAAUUUUGUUAGAUUACAGGGAAAGAGACAUAAAACAUGAAAACGUUCUCAUUGAUCAUAAUUAAAGCUCAUCCAUGUCCACCUUUUGUUAAAAUUUUAGAAGUGUUAAUUUCUGUCAUUUUGAGUGAAGUCGGUUGGAUUAUUUUUCUGACAAAUGGGAAAGAUUUUUGAAAACCCUAACUUAGUGACUAGAAAUAUUUCAUAUCACUCAAAAUAAUUUGAAAGUUCUUGAAGUAAUGUGCAUGUUACAUGUAGUUCUGCACUAAUAAUAGAGAUUAUCAGUUGUAAGGAUGUCAGGUGAAUAUAUUACCAACUGAACCAUUUUUAAUGAAUGCGCUGACAAGAUUUCAGUUGCAGCUUAGUUCAAAUAUGUAAUGUAGACGGCAAUCUAUAUUUUACAUUUAAUUUAGUAAAUGAGGUCUGAGUUGACUUUGGCUGAACUACACAACAUUUAUUUUCUGCAAUCAGUUAUAAAUAUAUUAAAGAAAAAAGAAUAAAUUGAAAAUGAGUAUAAAGUCAGCAUCAUGGCUUAGAACUGUACACUACCCAGAGGAGAAUCCCAUAAAAAAUCACUUGUCCACACACACUGAGUAAUGUGUUGAGAAAACGCCUAUGCAGGUGGAUCCCUCACCAAUGAAUGUAGGGGAUGGAGGGACGGUGAGCAGAGAGAGCGGUGCCCCUACCCAGGUGUCUGAGAGCAUGGUGGGGAAUCCACAGCAAACACUGCCUCUUGAACUUAGAGGUGACAUACCUCAAAGUCAGCAGAACAAGCUGAGGGCGACCACAGAGUGCAAAACGCCUGACGUCUUCUCAGAAGCCAGCAAUUCAAAUCAUUGUCCCCCAGUUCCCCCCUCCCAACCUCUCAGCAGUGUGUUCAGCACUGAUCCUGUGAGCACACCAUUCCACGAUCGGACUGAGGUUCCCAAAAACCAGAUUGACGGUGCUGGCGUCUACUCCACUCACCAGUGGCCUUGUGGAAAAAAGGUCACAGCAGAGGACCCUGUGAACUCUGUUCACUCUAGUAUAAACCUAAACAAGAAGACUAACACACCAGCACCAUCCCAGCCUGUGAUAAGCAUUCCUCUGGGGUUCCAGUGCUCCACGGUGUUUAAACCCGGGCAGCCUGUUGCUUUCCUUCCCCCCUCCAAUUUUUCUUCUCCUCUCUGUAAGAUCACAUUGCCACCAGGGUUAGGCCAGAUUGCAGCACUGAGAGAAGCCACUGCUAGCCAGUUUCAAAAGAACUGCACAGCACAAAGCUCUUGUUCAAGUGCAACACCUAUGAUCAAAACAUACCCGUAUCAUUUUUCUAUGGGGAGAGGACCUGGUGCUGAUAAGAAGUCUCAGUCUUCAGGAUCCAAAGUCAGGUGUGACUCUUUGUCUAAGGGCUUUCAAGGUGGGGCUGAGCAUAAAGCCACCAUGUCUUCUGUAGCAGCCCCUGCUCUAGCCCUUCCAGUACAGCAAGCCACGCAGGCCUUGGCUCCACCAUCCCGAUACACCAUCUCUCCCAAUGCUGCCAUCUGCUGCAGCCCAGCUCUGGCGAAUAUCACCACUCAAAAUCGGCUGCUUAGCCUUGUAGAAAGAGGUUCAACAUACAGAGGUCCCGAAAAAAACUUGAUGUCGUAUCUAAAACCAAAAACUCUGUCCACUCCAGAGGAUCACAAUGUUACCUGCCCCGUUGAGUCCAGGGACGUGCCCCUUGAUCUGUCUGCAAAGUCCAAGCGACAAAAUAAUAUUAAAGAUGCUCAGAAUAGCCCAUUAGUGGCCACGGAACAUCAUUCUGCUGAGUCUCAUCAGAAAAAUGUUGCUGGUUCAAAAAAGGUUCACUCUGCCUCUUUUGGGUCAUCCAGUACAUAUGACACCCAAAGAAAUGGUGCAACUCAGAAAUCAUCUUCAAAACUAACUAAUCACCAUGCUUUGGAACCCAACGCAUCCUGGGGCAAAGGCUUAUCUCCUAGUUCCUUGAAUAAUCUCCCUGGUACAUAUGUAGGAGUAGCAAGCCCCAUUCUAGCAUCUACUUUACGCAGCAAAGAUGGAAAAAGUGCUGCUUUUGUUGAGGAUUUUCAGACAUUUGCCAAACAGGAAACCAUCUCCAUCAUUGACCAAGGAGAGCAGCCGGUCUGUAGAGAGAGGCAAGUGCCAUUUGCUGUUAAAGGUGCCCAGCAUAGUAAAGGUGGAAAGCUCUUGACAGGUACUCAAGAAGGUUUUUUAUCCACCCAAUUAUGUGCUACAUCAAAUUCACAGCUCCACCGGAAAUCUGUUGGUGGAAAGGGAGGCUCCCUGUUUACACCUCCAGUUAAAUCCAUGUGGCAACCAUCCUGUGUUCUUUCCCAAGGGACAUCCCUGCAGAAGAGACCAAGUCCGACUCAAACCCCAAAGACGAAGAGCACCCUCGGUUGUGAGAGAGUCCUGUUCCAUAACUCCCACUUAAGUCCAACUAAAGUAGAGGAUGAAAAGUGGGAGAAGGCCAAAUCCCCCCUGUCUAACCUGGAGUCGAUAGUGAAGCAGAAAACUCUCGAGACCACUGCACUUACUGGUGAGAACUACUGUAAUCUGUCUUCUGUGGGAUCCAAGAGGCCUGAGAUAGCCAGCGUGCAGAACAGGUGUCAGGAGUCCACGUUGCAGCAGACCCUUACCACUGGUUCCUCCCCAUUCAGAGACAUAGAAGGACAGGCCAUCAAGUCAGAUAGAACCUCUCCACAAACGGACACCAUAGCAGCUCUAAGCAGCCCGGAGAUCACAAUCGUUUCUGUGCCCAAGGAUAAGGGACGAGAGAAACAGGCAAAACAGACAGAAAAUCUAGCAUCAGAUGGUAGACAAAAAAUGAAAUCUGGUACCCCUAGUAAAAGGAGUGCUCCCAGUGUUAAAGGAGAAUGGAAGGAAAGGAAAUUGGCGCAACAGUUAGAGGAUGAGACGGCAAAAGAGGGGAAGGCAUCAGAGAGGAAGCUUUCUUCUCAUGUUAAGGCUGAAGGGAUAGCCUUAUCCCUCCUUCAGAGCCAGACCAUAGAAGCAGAAGGAGAGGCAAAUAUGAAUGGAGCCAAAGAGGAGAUACCUUCCAAAGGAAAAGUAUCCGCCACCAAACAGAAGAACCUGAAAAAGCCUGCCAAGGAGAAGACACCUUCUGAAGUGCAAAAAAAGGCUAUGACAGUAAAUAAGAAGCAAAAAAAUAAAGACAGUCAAUCAGUCAAGCAAGGCCCAUUACAUAAAAAGAAGAAAGAUGCAUUGCCUGGAGUGGGAAAUAGUGUGCUGAAAGAAACAGCCCCUAAAGUAGGGGGAAAGACUCGCAAAGGGAAGAACUGUCCAGCUAAUAUGGAGCACUCCGACUCAAACAAAAUAGAUUUAGAGAACAGUCCACGCAGAAGUCCUCAGGUUGACAGAGAUUCAAGCUCUCUCAGCAGUCCGAGCUGGGCUAGCAAGGAAUCAGACUCCCAGGAGGAGGCCUCUCCGCGGCUGAGACGAGGGCGCAGACGGACUGAUGAAGCAUUGCUCCGAGACUGGAGCUUCGCUACUCCACCUUCUCCUCCCCCUCUUGAUCCCCCCUCUACACCACCCCCUGUACCAGUCCGCCGGCCCCGCGGCAGGCCUCGAAUCAAUCCUCUGCCUGAGGAGGUGGAUGCGGAAAAGGAUAGGCCCACUGAGGGUGGAGACACCUCUUCAAUAAAGAAAAGGAAACGCUGCAAGAAUCGUAAAUAUCAGAACGGGGAAUACAUCACAGAAAAAGAUAAGGUGGCAGAUGGAGAGGAGGAGAAGCUGGGCGUGGAAGACGGUGAGGCCACUAAUGAGAAGAUGGGUGUGUACCCUUGUCUCAGUGCCACACUGACCAGCGAAGUGUCCAAUCCAGACAUCAGCCCUAGGCGGACCCUGUUCACACGUUCUGGCUCGGCACGACCUCAAGAGAGUCCACCCGCCGCACAGCCUUACGACAAACCCUCAGGGAAGAGGAAGUUCAAAAGUAAACACUUAUGUGACACUGAUGACCAGAAAAAGCUCAAGACUAAGAAAGGCAGCUUGGGUAAACGCACAGGGCCCCUCAUGUCAGGUGAGGAUGGUCCAGCCGCCAAGAAAACCCCAACUACUCCUUAUGCUUUUCCCAAGCAGUCAAACUCACCACUGUCUGGUAAAAAAGGAACAGCUGGGAAAUCAGGAAUCCCUGAAUCUACUCCAAGCCGUCCAGUGCCUCCAGAAGUCCGUCGACUGAUCGUCAAUAAAAAUGCAGGAGAGACGCUGUUACAGAGAGCAGCUAGAUUAGGUUACCAGGAUGUGGUUUUAUAUUGCUUGGAAAAGGAUGUGAGAGAGGUGAACCGUCGUGACAACGCGGGUUACACGGCACUACAUGAGGCCUGUGCACGUGGCUGGACGCACAUCGUACAGGUGCUGCUGAAGCAUGGAGCAGAUGUUAACUGCAGUGCACAGGAUGGAACGCGCCCAAUUCAUGAUGCAGUAGCAGCUGAUAAUCUGGCUGCCGUCUGGAUGCUGUUAAAUCAUGGGGCAGAUCCCACACUGGCAACCUACUCUGGUCAGACCGCAAUUAAACUAGCCCAGAGUCCCGGGAUGAAAACUUUCCUCAAAGAGUAUUUCACUGAUUUAGAGGGACGAACAGAACAAGAUCCUAGUCUUCAGUGGGAUUUCUACAGCAGCUCUGUAUUUGAGACAGAACAGGAACCUUGUUGGGACUUCCUGUUGUCUCAGCCGGAGGAAGAAUCCGGGGACAAUUUGAGUGAGCAGGUGAAGGAGAGAGACACCGAUACAGACUGUCUUCUGUUUGAGUUCUCCUCCGAGCCGCUCCUACCCUGCUACCAUGUCCAAGUCUCACUAACACAGGGGUUCUGUAACUGGUUCUUGUUGGCAGACGUGCUGAAGCGGCUAAAGAUGUCAGCACGUAUUUUCCGGGCUCGGUAUCCUCAGUUUGAGGUGGUGAGCAUCGCUCAGGCAGAGCUGUGGAAGCAGGUCUCUAUCAGUCAAACUUGCAUUACUCCAGAUGAGCUCCAACCGGACGAUGAAGACAGGGAGGAGACGGUGGAGCUGGUGCGCUGUGUACCAGAGUUACAGGGACUGCUAGGAUCCUCCAUACAGCUCCUCCGAGAAGACGAGGAUGACAAGUCAGGGCCCAAUGCCAGACCUUGCAGUCGAUAGCAACUCCUUCCCUACAUCUCCUGCUCUGCAGCCGUGUGAUCUGAACAGGGAGCAGUGAGGUGCCGUCCUCAGUCGUGCACGGGUCCUUGCCAUUGCAUCCGGUGGCCUGUUGCCAGUACCAGCACUUUGUAUGUUCAGAAUCAGCCAGAAAGGUCCUAUAUCCUCACAGACCCCCUGAGUAAUGAAAGGGGCCCUAGGGAGCGACUUUGCCUUGCCCUCACCCCAGUGAGAAAGGCUGGGGACGGACUCCACUGGGGAGCAACUUUCAGGUUCCUUCUGUGUAGGGUUUUGUUUUUUCACUCUUCAAUAAUUUUUUUUUUUUUUUUUUUAAGUAAACCUAUAUGUAUAAGUAAAUAUAUAUGUAUAUCUUGACAUCAGGGUGAACGCAUCUGGUUGUAACUUAUCAUUAACCUGUUUUCCUGUGCGUUCGUUAUUGACGGUCCUUUAGAAGGAGUGGUAAUCCAAGUCUUUUUUUAUCUUGGUAAACUAAAUGUGCGUAGCUAAGAGGCUUAUGCAAGCUAACAGUGGCAGGAAUGCCUUUGGGCCAGAUGGUUCCUGUGUAAACCUUGGAGCCUCUCUCGGCACCCAGAAGCCCCCUAACCUACCGCAUAUGUUCCUCACCCCGGCCCUCCUUACCUCAGCACCACUGCAGCUCUGCCAGAAACAUUACACCUUCCCUUUAUUUCAUUUGUAUCGUAGCAGGCACUGCAUGUGUUCCUGUGACAUCUGACGUUGCUUUGUUUUUGCUUUGGUUGAUGAUCUGUUGGAUUUAUCCACUGGUAGAAGUUUUAAGAUAUCAGCAGGUAUUAGCCGAUAUCAACCAUUGAAGUGGUAAACAAAAAAACAAGCCUGUGGAGUCUUUUUUUUUUUUUUAUAAGGUUUUUCUAGGGCCGUUUUUCUAGAUUGCGUCUUGAACUGCUUUCCAGUGGUCAUGGAAGGGGUCGUCUCCCAGUUUUUCCUGGUGUACCAGAUUUCAGCGUGCUUUGUGGCGCGUGGUGUGUUUUAUUUACACUGAUUGUUGUUUGUGCUUAAUUUAAUAGUCAUUAAUAUAUUUGACCUUUUUUGUGUGUAUCAGAAAAUGAUGUAUGAAAAUUGCUUUGUAUGUGGUGCUUUAUUUGACAAUGUACAUAUGAUGAUCCCUUUAUUCUGAGGUUGUUUUGUUUUCCCACACUGCGAACAGUAUUUUAACAGGCUAAAGUACAGUUUUAUUGUACUGGUGCUAAGCUAGAUUUUGUGUUGACAAUCAAUGAAGUUUUGUUUGAACUGAAACCAAUAAAUAUUUAAAUGAAGAGAGAGAUGUAAAGAUAGAGUUUAGUUUCACUACUUAUGGAAAUACAGCGAGACAUGAAGAAAGUACUUGGUUUUGACUGAAGAAGGCAUAUUGCUUCAGUGAUCUCUUAUCAAAGAGGAGAGCUGUUUAUUUGAUUCUUUUUUUAAAAGAAAUCAACCAGAAUAAAGCAUGAUUGUCAAGUGUU